CAUGGGUUCCCAUGAGAGGGGUGGGCGCCACCUAAACGAAAUGGGUCCGCUGCGGCAGCUGCGUAAAGCUUAUCGAUGAAAGCUUAUCGUCGACAGCUUAUCGUCGACGUUCUAGACGACAUGCGCCAAACACUGACGAACAAGCGUCGAUUUAGGGCAUAAUCGGAAGCCAAAUGGUUUCUUACUUCUCGGACGCACGCUUCGCCGACUGCCCUGCUGCUUGCCCGGUCGUCGGAAUACAUGCCGUUCACGGUCUACGGCCGACCGGGCCUUGCUUCAACCGCUCCGUAUACAGUGCUUCAAUGUCAAGGCCUUAACUUUCAGGAUAAUGCCUUCCAGUGCGUAAUGGGUGCGCGUUGGAUUGUUAUACAUUUAGGUUGAAGUUGGAUACCCCAAACAGUGAGCUUGUUGUGAACACUGUUCAGCUAGCGUUUUACCUUCCCUGUUAUUUACUAUUACUGCACUGCAGCGGAAGACGUGCCUGAGAGCACUACCCACCAGCGUAGUUAACCACCGACUGGCGGCACCAUGAAAGCCAAAAAGCAGAAACAUGUGCACGUUGAUCGUCGCAGUAAAAAGGACGACAGCGAUUUAGAGGAUGGCGAGCUGCCCGGCGAGCGGCUGCAGGAUGUUGAGGAAACGCUUUCGCCACCACGCAAGCAGCGCAAAACAUCCCACACUGAUGCGGCUCCUGCCGAAUUGCACUUUUCAAAGCAUUCCGGAGCCAGGGGCGGCGGCGCUGGGAGCAUGCAUCACGCGAGUGGAACCCAUCCGCCGCCUCAAAAGACGCAAAAACAGCCCUCCCGGCAGCACCACGACACCCAUCAUGACCACCACACCUCCGCUAAGCAACCAGGCGCCUCAGACAAACGCAAAACCCAAGACGGCGCCAGCAAGCACAGCGACAAGCUUGACAAUCGCAACAAGCGCAAGGAGCGCGAGGACCGCCCUUCCAAGCACAGCAGCAGCUCUCAUGCCAAACCGCCUCCAACAGCCACUGCCGGCGUCGCAGGCCCCGCAGCCGGCAGCCCCGCAGCUGCUCCCAAGCCCUCUCCCGCCUUCGCUGCCAACAAGGAGGCGCUCAAGGCCCGCCUGGCCCGGCUGGAGGGCCUUAUGGCGGCGGAUGCAGCAGCUGGUGGCGGUAGCGUAGCGGGCUCACAGCAGCAGCGGCAGCAGCAGCAGGGGCCGGGAGGCGGGACAGCAGCUGGAGGCGGGAAGUACCUAGCGGAUGUGUACAAGGGGGCUCGGCCCAGCGUGGAAAUCAAGGGCGACCCCUCCUCCUCCUCCUCCCUGGCUACCUCCGGCCCGCCCAUCCGGCUGGCUGACGUGCAGGGGCUGGUGCUGUGGGUGCUGUCGCCCGCGGCUAACCUGGUGGAGGCGCCGCGAUGGGCGUUUGUAAAGAACAAGCCCCUGGUGGCGGGUGCGGUGCUGGUGCUGGCCAGCGGCCUCAGCAGCGCACUGGCGCAGGAGAAGAAGCACCUGCUCCCCUUCCUGAGCAGCCUUGGCCGGGCUGCCGUUGUUCGCACCUCGCCGCAAGCUAAACCGGCCCACCACACCGCCGAGCUGCUCACCACCAGUGUGCCAAUACGCAUCGCUAAACGCAAGCGACCCGCCGCGGAGGAGGAAGCGGGGGCGGGGGGUGCGGCCGCGGGCACUUCCCUAGCAACAGCAGGAGGAGAAGGAUCGACAGCUGCAGCAGCACCCACAGCAGCAUCAGCGGAUGGGGACAAGGCGGACCGGCAUGCAGACGCCGCGCAGCAGCAGCAACAUCCGCCACCUCCUCCCCCCACUGCCUCCUCCCGCAGCCCCGGACAGCGGCCCCCCUGGCUGCCCCCCGGCCCCUUCCCCCCCUCGCACUACGUGGCUUCCCUGGAGCAGAUGAGGAGCCACAACUUCCCCCUGCCACGACUAGCAAAGGAGGAGGGGGAGGAGGAGGAGGGAGCGGAAAAGGAGAUGGCGGCUAGGAAGGAGGGAGGGGGCAAGAAGGAGGGAGGGACGAAGGGGAGGAAGGCGGAGGGCGAGGAGCGGAAGGGCGGUGGAGGCGGCGCCGGAGGUUCAGGUCGUCUGGUGUGUCCGUCGGGUUACGUGGCGACACAGCCCUCAGGCGACCCCACCGCUUCCGAGCGGAUGAUAGCUCUGGACUGCGAGAUGUGCAUCACGGAGGCGGGAUUCGAGCUCACCCGCAUUACCCUGGUGGCGGGGCCGGGCUGGGGGGCGGGGAGCAGGGCGGCGCAGCUGGCGGCGGCGGUGAGGGCGGCGGCGGAGGCGGCGGGGGCGCGGACACCGCCGCCGGAGCUGACGUCGGGAGCGGCGCCAGGACGGGGUGCAGGAAGAGGAGGAGGGCGAGGAGGAGGGUUGCAACAGCAGCGGGGUGAGCAGGAGGAGGACGAUGGACAGGGGGAGGGGGAUGUGGACUGGAGUAACGGCAAUGGAGGUGGCGGCGGCGGUGGGGAUUGUACGGCAGGAGCAGGAGCAGCAGCGGUUGGUUUCCCAGUGGGUGCCGUACUGCUGGACGAGCUGGUGGUGCCCGACCGGCCCAUUCUGGACUACAACACGCGAUACAGCGGCAUCACGGCGCAGAUGCUGCAGGGCUGCACCACCCGGCUUGAAGACGUGCGGUCCCGCUUCCUGUCUCUGGUCCCCUCCGAGUGCCUGCUGGUGGGGCACGCGCUGGAGAACGACCUGGCCGCCCUGCGCACCUGCCACGGUCGGGUGUUGGACACGGCGCUGCUGUUCCCUCACCCCCGGGGGCCGCCCUUCAAGAGCGCACUCAAGAUCCUGGCCCGCCGCUUCCUGCGCCGCUGCAUCCAAGAGGGCUCCCACGACUCGGCGGUGGACGCGCGCACCGCACUGGACCUGGCGCUACUCAAGAUAAAGCACGGUCCCGCCUACGGCACCCUUGGCUCGGGUCCGCGCGCCUCCGCGCCCAAGCUGUGCGAGGUGGUGUCGGAGCAUUGCGGGGUGAAGGCCUGCCUGGUGGACAGACACGACGUGCUGGGCAGGUAUGUGAGCGGUGCUGCUGCCGCCGUGCCGGUGGGAAGUGACGAGGACGCGGUGGCGGCUGCGGGGCGGCAGGCGGCGGGCGGGGUGUACGGCCUGGUGUGGACUCAGCUGACGGAGCUGUCCACAUUCCUGUUCAGGAGGGCCCGGCACAAGGCGCGGCUGGAGGAGGAGAAGCGCCUGGCCGCGACUGCAGCGGAGGCAGCAACAACAGCAGCGGGGGGGGCAGCCGCAACCAGCGCCGCUACCCAGGUCACUGUCAGUCAGGCUGGCGCCUCCAAGACCGGCAGCAAAACCGCUUCCGCCGUGACAGCAACCGUUGCUGCUGCUGCUGCUGCUGCUACUGCCACCGCGGCUGUAACAACAACAGCAACGACUGCAGCAAGCGCCGGAGCACCCUCCCACCCCGCCCCGCACCCUCCCUCCCUCACAUCCUCAUCAGCAGCACCACCAUCAGCAGCCCAGCACCAGCCCGACUACUCGGAUGCCGUACUGGAUGGCAUCCUGGUGUCGUACGACAGGCGACUGCGGCAGCUCUGGCAGUCGCUGCCGCCCCGCUGCUUGUUCGUGGUGGCCACGGGGGCAGGGGACACGGCCGAGUACGACAGGCGCUACGAGCAGAAGUGCAAGCGCUGUUGUCAGGGCUCGGGAUUGCCGCCCUGGAACCAGGACGAGGAGGAUGCGUUGAUCGGUCUCGCGGCUCGGGAGAUGCAGGCGCUGUGUUUCGCGGCUGUGCAAGGGGAGUCGGAGGAGGGGGAGCAGGGAGGGAAGGAGGGGGCGGGGGCAGGAAGGCACUGAGGCAGCUCGUGGGACGAGCUGGGCUGCUUGGGGUGUGUUAAGAAGGCUGGCCGCGAGUCGGAACGUACUGGAUCCAGCGGGGUGUGUGCACCUCUGUUAGCAUGUGCACCUCCGUGUGCUCACGCGCUUCCGUUAUGGCGGAGUAUUUACGGUUUCAUGCACUUCCGUUGUGCGUUGCGUUACGUCGCGUCACACGCGUUAUGCGUUAUGUUAUGCGCGGAGUGAGGCCACUGCUGAGGGUGCUGCGAGGUUUGCUGCGGGGACGUUGCCAGCUGGCUGGCAGGCUUAGGAGAGGCAUUGCGCC